AUGUUGAUUUCUUCAUCAAACACUGAAGCAAAGUGGUGUCGGCACUGCAAUGCUGAGAUGGUGAAGCUAAUUUCCAACUCCGAAAGGAAUCUAGGCAGACCGUAUUGGAAGUGCUUCACAACAUAUGUCAAUAUAAUCUUCCCAAACCUCGGAGCUACAAGGUUUAGUGGCUAUGAAUGGGUGAUAGCAGCCAACACCCCAACUGAAUUUGACAUUCAAAACCAGGUGGAUGUGAAGUUCUAUCAUUUCUGA